CGUCGUCCUGAUUCAGAGUGAGCUGGCACAAUGUCUGACGGACAGCAUUUUUUGUCUGGUGGUCCAAAUAAUCACCCGGCAUGCCACAGAACCAGCUAAAUCACACGUGGACCCUCAGUCUGUGGAAAACUUCAGGAGAAAACUGAAAUAUUUCUUCAUGAGUCCAUGCCAGAAGUACAGAGCCAGAGGUCGUAAGCCAUGGAAAAUGAUGCUGCAGAUACUCAAGAUUGCCAUUAUUACCUUUCAGUUAGUUUCUUUUGGAUUGAGCAACGAGAUGAUGGUCACCUUCAAAGAGGAAAAUAUCAUCGCCUUCAAACAUAUUUUCCUGAAAAAUUACCAGGACAGAAAUAAAGAUUAUGCCUUGUACACAAGACACGAGGUUCAUGACCACAUCCUGUACAUAAUCAGAAGGUAUCUACACCUACAAAACCUGAUGGUUGAUAAUCACGCGUUUGAGAGGAUUGAUGACGUGUUCACUCCUCUGUCCAUCUGUCAAGAGUUAUAUCGGCAUGCUAACAUUUUACCAGCCAAUGAGACUUUUGAUAUUGAUCCACAUGUAGAGACAGAAUGUCUUUCUAUUUACCCCAUUUCACUCUACACGAAGGAUGAUUUGGAAAAUGACAUGAAUCUCACUUUAGAUUUUCAAAGGUUGUUAGCAGUAAACAUCUAUCUCAAAGUAAAGGCGAUCAACCUUCAAACAGUACGUCAUAAGGAGUUACCGGACUGCUAUGACUUUAGCAUUAAUAUCAAGUUUGACAACCAUGCACACAGUGGACAAAUCAAGAUAUCUCUAAGCAGUGAUGUUCAGAUAAAAGUCUGCAAGGACUGGAAUGUUUCUGGCUCAACAGACCUUCACUAUCAGCUCAUCGUUCUGUUCGACUGUGUGGUGAUCUGCUCCUGUUUGCUCUCGCUCAUCCUCUGCACACGCUCAGUCUACAACGGCAUGCUCUUGCAGUUUGAGUACACCACAUUUGCAUCCAUUUACCACAGUAAAAGAGUUUGCUGGUCUGAGAGAAUGGAGUUCAUCAACGGCUGGUACAUUCUCUUCAUCAUCAGUGACACGCUGACUAUUGCAGGAUCAGUUCUCAAAAUAUGCAUUCAGAGCAAGGAACUGACAAAUUAUGACGUGUGCAGUAUUUUACUGGGCACAGCAACAAUGCUUGUGUGGAUUGGAGUAAUGCGUUACCUGAGUUUCUUUCAGAAAUAUUAUAUCCUCAUCCUCACCCUGCAGGCAGCACUUCCUAACGUCAUUCGAUUCUCCCUCUGCACCGUUAUGAUCUUUCUUAGCUACUGCUUCUGCGGAUGGAUCGUUUUGGGGCCACACCAUGAAAACUUUCGGUCAUUUAAUAUGGUAGCUAACUGCCUUUUUUCCAUGAUUAACGGGGAUGAAAUCUACUCGACCUUCACCAAGAUCCGAGACAAGAAUGAUCUGGUGUGGAUGUUCAGCAAAAUGUAUAUCUACACCUUUGUCCCACUCUUUACAUUCAUGAUUCUGAGCCUCUUCAUUGCCCUUAUCACAGACACCUAUGAAACCAUCAAGCACUAUCAGAAGCAUGGAGCGCCGCUGUCAGAGCUGCAGGCUUUCAUAGCUGAAUGCAAAGACCCACCGAACUCGGGAAAGUUCAUGGUGGAUGAGGAAUCCUCCACCUUUUGGUGCCUUUGUGCUCCUUGUGUGAAUUGCACCUGAAACUGAUGAGAAAACUGUGCAUUGCUCAGCGUCUCAUGCAUUGCUGCAAACCAGUGGCUCUCGAUCGGUGGGCCGUGACCAGAAAUGGGUCAGAGGUUUUUUCUUACAGGAUCAUGGACGGCAUGAAAAAAUUAUUAAUACUAAUAAUAAAACAUGCAUACAGUAUUUUGAAAGGGAGGAAUCUUGCUAAAUGUUGUGUUGACAUGCUGCCUGCAUACAUUACAUGUUGCUAAUGAAUUGAAAAGAAAGAAUGAUUCUGGGAGGAGCCAAAUACAGCUCCUAUAAAGGCUGAUGUAGCAUCCAACUUACUUAUGUAUUAUUAUGUAAUUAAUUACAUAUGGUUCCCUUGGCAAGAUCAAACAUAUAUGGUAUAGCAAGUGUACAAUAAUAAAAUUAAUUAUAAUAAAUCAUUUCUAAUAAAUCAAGCUACAUAUGAAAUAAAAUGCAUAUGUAGGCUAUAGCACAAUUAAAAAAGUGUGAAAAUA